AUACAUGCAUACAUAGAAUACACGAGAUAAAAAGGACGAAAAGAAAAACGGAACGGUGAAAAAAGAUAGGAAACAAGUCUUCAAAGUGCGUACCGUGUGUCUGUAGUAGCGAUAGUGCUCAUGUGUUGAAUAUAAAAACGGAGUCGUGGCGUUAAAUGGUGUUUGUUGAUCAGUAAUAACGUACUUGAAUAAUUUCCGGCCUCGAGGCCUAAAGAUUCGCUCUAAAAUAUGAUGCAAUUCAUGCUACUAUUCAGUCGUCAGGGCAAGCUACGGCUUCAAAAAUGGUACGUGGCUCAUCCCGACAAGUUGAAAAAGAAGAUAACUCGCGAAUUGAUCACAACGAUAUUGGCCAGAAAACCUAAAAUGUCUAGUUUUCUUGAAUGGAAGGACGUCAAGGUUGUGUACAAAAGAUAUGCUAGCCUCUAUUUUUGCUGUGCCAUUGAACAAAACGAUAAUGAAUUGCUGACGCUUGAAAUUAUUCAUCGAUACGUUGAACUGUUGGACAAAUACUUUGGGAGUGUAUGCGAGUUGGACAUAAUCUUCAAUUUCGAAAAGGCCUAUUUCAUAUUGGACGAGCUUUUGGUCGGUGGGGAGAUACAGGAGACGAGCAAAAAGAAUGUACUGAAGGCUAUCGCUGCCCAGGAUCUACUGCAGGAGCCUUCUAUUAUUCUGUUCCAGGAGGAGACACCGCAAGGAUUUUUCGAAGAUCAUGGACUUGGAUAGAUAAUUUCUCUCUUCGUAAUCUGCGAACACCAAGGGGUCAUGUACUUACGCCAGCGGUGCGUCGAUUUUAACACCAUUUCAGAACUACAUUCCAUUUAUUCUUAUUUUCAAUUGUGGUUAUUCUUUAAUUUAAUGCGAUUUUGUUAGCCAUAGGAGUUAUAAACAUGCGAUUUUCCAGCUUUUCAUUAUUAUUCUCGAAUUUCGCAAUUUCAGUACGUCAGUAGAUCGCGUAUUACUGUCCAAACAUUUACAAUUUAUAUACAUUUCUCAUUCAAGAAUUGUUAUACACAAUGUAAGAUAAGAUAAUACAAAUAAGAUAACUCUUUUUAUUUUCUUCUUUGUACACAGAUUUGCUUAUUUGUCAUUGGCUCACGGUUGAGUCUGCGGUAAAUUUUCAGUGCCUAAAAUCGCAUGAAUCUAAUUCUAUACAGUUUUAAUCAAUCAAUUCAUACUCAUUUAUAGUAUAAUUAAAAUUUUAACCUUUACCGGAGCAAUAUUGCGCAUGUAGUGAAAAUGAUUGUUU